AUGUUAUCUGCUCGUGAGUCGACUUCAUGCACGGCUCUUCAGGAGUCUCUCAGUGCGAUGAAACGUGACCGAGACGUGUGGCGAGAUAGAGCAGCCAAGCUUGAAACUGAUCAUAACUCUAAGAUCGAACUUCUCCAACAGAAAUUGAACGAAUCGCAGAGAAUCGGCAACUCCUGCUCGGAAACGAUGCGAGAAAGGCUCAUGCGUUCGGCCUCUGAGGUUGGUAGUUUGAGAGCGGAAGUGACGAAGCUGAAAGCAGAUUGCGAUGCCUCGGUUGCGGUGAAUAAAGCACGCGAGGAGCGGUAUAAAGUGAUGGAGGAGUUCUUCUCGACGUAUCAAACAGACUUGGAUGCGCGGCAAGAGGAAUGUCGCAAUCUUCACGAUGCGGAGAAAGAAGCGACUGCCAAAAUGCUGAAGAUGGAAGAGGAGCGACGAGAGGAUGUUCGAAAGGCUGAACGUUUGGAGGAGGAACGGGCUGUUCUUAAAGAGCAGAAGCAGUGUAGAUGCCUAGCAUCUAAUGAGUCUCUCAAAAGCGUGUGUCACAAGAUGGCGAGUUCAUUGGUGAAGACGCAAGUCGAUCUUGAAUAUAAGUCGGCAGAGCUGGCUAGAAUACAACAGUUGUUGGAUGCCGAACAGAGGCAUAGCACUAAACUGAAGGAGAGAAUGGCGUCUCUACGGAAGCAGGUUGAUACCGUCGUUUCUGGUGUUGAUGAUCACAAGUCGGAGUUUUCUCGGUUGUCUCAAGCGGCUAAGGUACAAGAGCUUCAGAAUGCCCGAGUGGUGGAUAACUACUGGGAUGCUCUUCGACAGAAGAAUGAGAGUCUUGGGAUCAUUCAGCGACUGACCGAGGAGAGGGACGCUCUGCAGAAGCAUGUGCAAGCGUUGGAGUCGGCGCAUAGGCAGGCUAAUGGAGCCUCGAUGCAGGAGAAUCAGCUUGCACAGCAGAGCAAUAAUAAUAGUCUUGCCGCUAUGGGCCAGUGUAGGAUGCAACUUGAGACGAUAGUAGCGGAGCAGAAGGAGAAGAUGGAGUCGUUCAAGAGCACCAUAACAAUGCUCAAAGGUGUGGCUGAUAAAUGUCAAGCUGAUUGCAGGGAGAAGAAUAAGAGGAUUCUGGAGGUGGAGAAAACUAAUAUUAGACUAACUCGCCAACUUGAGAAAGCACGAUCGUUGGGCAGCGGACACGUAGUUGGAGUGGAAGGGUCUGGUCAAUCACCAUCGCCUGGGGCAGUAGUGGAUGAUAAGGCUCAGGCAAUGUCUAUCAUAGAGCAGGAGGAGGUUCGAGCUUACCGAUUGAAAGUGAAGUGCUCGAUCUGCCAGCAGAAUGAUAAGCAGGUUGCACUGCAAAAGUGCAUGCAUUGUUUCUGUCGAACUUGUGUUAACGAGACCAUGAUACAAGCACGGAAUAGGAAGUGUCCUCUGUGCGGCCAGAGAUUCUCCGAGUCUGAUGUUCGAACGAGUCUGUGCAUCACAUCUAAGGAUGAUGACAGUAGUCUCGGUGAGGAAGACGAGCAUCGCAGAUUCUUGAACGACUGA